AUGAUGAAAAGAAGGUUACUGUGAGACUAUUCAUUUCAGCUUCCUUGGAUGAAGGAUGGAAAGAUAUUCACUGCAACUUUGGUGCCACCUGGGAACAUGACACCAAAUACUAGCAUAAGCCUGGAACAGAAAACAAUGUUUGUCUUUGUGAUUUUAUUAUUUAUUUUCUUGGGAAUCCUCAUUGUUCACUGCUUCCAAAUUCUCUUUGACCCUUUCUGGAGUAUGCCAACCUCAGCCUGGGCCAGUGGACUUGAUGUAUUGCAGAAUGGCCAUGCUUUAGUUUAG